AUGUACAUCAUCCGUAAGUUUUGCAUACUAUCCAGAACAGCUUCUCUUUGUUUCUUCUUCUUGACGGUCUUUCGUAGGAAAUAUGCAUAUCGUAGACAUAGGGAGGUAGAAAUAGAUGAAUCAUUUAGGAAGGCUCACUUCACAAGGAUAUCUGGAACGCUCAUGCAACAUAUCAGCAACCAUGCAAAACUGGUUAUAGAAACUUCGGCCAAAAAGUAUGUUUCCAACGUAGCCUAUGAUGGCUUCUUCUUUACACUCUUGUACAAUUGGAGACAUAUCAGCAAAAAGAAUAACAUAGUCAUGCUGGUUGAACUAAUAAAAAUCUUAAGUGAAAUGAAACGUGCUGAUUGCAAGAAUCUGCAACUAUUUGAGAGCAUUACAAGAUUUCUAAAUUUUAUUCUCGUCUCUGAUAGUUCUUGGCUUGACAAAGUUGAAGAUAUGGUCGAUAAAAGAGAAUCAAUCGUCAAAGCUUGGAGGUCUGCUGGAAAUUUCAUAUAUGUAGGGAGUAAAAGAAGUUUUGACCAAAAGCUAGAUGAUAAUAUAUUUGCGAAUUUGAUGUCAAGUUUUGAGAGGAUCAAGGAUCUUGUUCGAGUGUUAUCAGUUCUUAGCCGGCUUGGAGAACUAGGGUUUGAUACUCGUCCGAUUAAUGCUAACUUCUCAUUUGCAUUAUCAUGUUUAACACCGCACAUUAUCGAAAAAUGUAGCAUAAGGGAUAUGAUCAACAUUCUUUAUUAUAUCGGACGUGUUAAUAAUGACCAUAUUGGAGAUAUAGAAAACCUUUUAAGUGCUAUAGAUCAUAGAUUAAAUUGUGAAUUAGCCCCUUUAACCCUUACAGAUUGUGACAGGUUAUUGCAAACUAUGACAUGCUAUUCACUGAAAACUGGAUCCAAGUUCGGGUUUUCAUCACUUUCUCUAUCAGUUUUAAUAAAUUUAGAUUGUUUGUUUAAUAAAGUGAAAAUCCUUAGACACAUCGGUAGAAAUGAUAAAGUGUAUUUAAAGCUUUCAUCGCAAAAUAAUUCGGAGAAUAACGUAAAUUUGAAGAGUUCCACAGGAAAACAACCACAGAAUUGUGAAUACUGCACAGAGUGCAAGAAAAGUUCCACCAACUUAUUCACAGACAUAGAAUUGGUACAAGGCAUAUGCAUGGAUUUGUAUGGAAGCUAUGAUUUCGUACACGAAUUUUUGGACAGACACAAGAUUUACUGCAGGAAACAGAAUGACAUUGCGAAGCCUAACCUUUACAAGUGGAAUCGUAUCCAUUCCAACAUUGAGAUGGUUUCCCCUUACUUGGGGAAGGAGACUCUACCAUAUGCUACGAUUUUGGAACAGAGAAUAUCGCAAGAUAGAGUACAAAUUACAUAA